AUGCCUAGCUUCGCCAACUCCUUUUGGUCAAGCGAUUAUGCCGCAGGACUCGGCGUCUUGUUUGGCAAGCUUCAUCAAGGUGUCAUGGAGAAUCGCCAGAUCCUUACUAUUGCCCGCUUACGCGCCGAGGCGGAGGACACCUACGGCCAGCGCCUCGGCGACAUCGCACCCUCGGCCGACAAGAUUGCUGGUGGCUUCUCUCGAGAUGACGGUGCCACCGUCCGCAAGGCAUACGACGGCAUGCGGGGCGAGAUGCAAGAUGCAGCCCGAAGUCAUCAACGCAUUGCCCAGAGCAUUCGUGAUCUCGUCGUCAAUCCAUUUGCCCGUUGGUGCGAUGCCCACGAGACCCGCAUACAAGAGUCGCAAGAUGAGCUGCAGAGCCGCAUCAAAUCCCACGAUCGGCAGGCCGACGCCGUCCGCAAGCUUCGAUCCAACUACUUCAACAAAUGCCGUCUUGUCGAGGAUCUUGAGGAGGAGAACAAGCUCGCCUUCCAGGAACCAGAGAUCAGCCCGAAGCAGACCGCCAAUCACCAUGCGAUUCCCGAGAUCAAGGUGCAGACGCAGAAGGAGGAGGAACACGACGAUGAGACGGUCUAUGAGAUUGGUGACGAAACCUACUUACCCGAUCAGCUCAAGAACAUCAUCGGCCAGAUGCUCACGAAGAUCAAGAUGGGCGAAACGAAGGUACCCAUACUUGGCACCUACUACAAUACCUCGUCCGGUUCCGACAUUGUCGAAUAUAUCCAGCGAAACAUGGCCGCCACAAGCGUGAGCUAUGCCGAGCGAAUCGGCCAAGAUCUCGUCUCCAACGGCUUUCUGCGCCUCGUUGGAAACGUCGGUAGCACGUUCGCCAACAGCUCUAGGAUGUUCUAUCAAUGGCGCCCCAAGUCCUUCAAGCUUGCUGGCAUGGUCGACAAGAAGCACGCGAGCAACCGAGCGUUCUCGCUUCCUGUCAACGGCUCGGAUGAGUCACCCGUCGUCGGCACCGUCAGUGAAUACCUCGCCAACUGGAGCGUCCUCAACAAUGCGCACCCCAACGAAACGCCCACCCAGCGCCUGCAACGAGAGUCGACUGAGGCUGACGACAAGUACAAGGCCGCAGUCCAGAAGCUGGAUCGCCUGCGCUGCGACCUGGAGGAAGCCAUCUUCCUGCAUCUCAAGUUCCUUCAGCGUUGCGAGCUCGACCGUCUCAAGGCCAUCAAGACUGUCAUCCUCGACUUCUCCGGCACCAUUGGCAACGUCAUCCCCAGCUUGCAAUCUACGGUUGACAAGAUGGUCCUGUUCCAGGAAACCGUCCAGCCGGAGGGUGACCUCCGAUACCUGCUCGAAAACUAUCGUACCGGCAGCUUCGUACCCAAGGUUGUCGUCUACGAAAACUACUACAACAGGGUUGACGACCAAACAUUCGGUAUCGACCUUGAGGCAAGAGCGAGAGCAGACAAAAAGCGCGUUCCCGCGAUCAUCACCUCCCUCUUGACUUAUCUCGACCACCACUACCCCGAUUUAGAAGGCGACGAAGCCCGACGUGGUGUUUGGCUUGUGGACGUUCCCCUUUCCCAGGUCCAUAAGCUGCGCGACAAAAUCAAUGACGCAAAGGCCCUGUCGCAGGAGGCUCUAAGCGAAUUUGACAUCCCAACGGUUGCAAACGUGUUAAAACUAUACCUCUUGGAACUUCCAGAUUCUCUCGUCAGCUCUCAAGUGUACGAGAUCAUUAGGACAAUCUACACAACACCUUCAGCGGAUGCCACCGAGGCGUCCCGCGUUGCGGUGCUGCAGCAAACGCUCUCGCAACUCCGACUAGCCAAUAUCGCAACCUUGGACGCUUGCAUGAAUCAUUUCACUCGGCUGAUCGACCUGACAUCGGCAGAUGACGAGUAUGUCGCCGCUCUCGCCACCUCCUUGGCCCCCUGCGUUCUACGACCCCGGACAGAAACCUCUCUCACUCUGGAGGAGAAGCACGCUACGAGGCUUGUCCGUGAUCUUUUUGCCCACAAGGAGGCUAUAUUCAGCGAGCUGAAGCGCAUGUCGACGCUGAACCACUCCUCAUCAAUUGGAAACAAUCGUCCUCGCGCCGUAAGCACGGACGAGAGCAACCGGAAGGCGCUCGUAGAAGAGCGGCAUAGGGCUCUGGUUGAGAAGGCCAGCGCAUCGCGGGGUCGAGGAACGAGCCCUGCGCCAAGCCCUCGUGGGCACCGUCGCGACAGGAGCAGCGGCGGGCCGGAAACCCGGUUCCCCAUCCAAACGAGCCCGACGACAGAUCGCCAACGAGUCAUUGGCAAUAUUGACGGCCGCAUGAAGCGUUCAUCGCUGGAUGUUCCCGCCGCCGAAGGCAUCGCCAACGCCGAUGGCGCCGUGAACGGGUCAGCACAACCUCCCAAGAUGUCGGACAGCGAUUCUAGCUCUGAUCGGCGUGAUAGCGGCGGCCGCGUCGGCACCGGCACUAAGUUUGUCGGCGGCAGACGCGUCCCUGCUUCGCCGCCUCAUGAGACUACUCACCGCGGCGUGACACUCGAGGACAAGCCCAUGGACGACUAG